AUGGAUCACCGUCCUCAGUCUCCCACUGCAGCACUCUGCACUCCCAGCUUCGUUAUGGCUCAACGAAUCCCCAACCGCCCUCUCAACCACGUUGCUGUCUCGGUGCCCGACAUCGACGCCUUUGUGCAAUGGUACACUCGCGUCUUUGGCUUCCAGCAGAUGGGAACCAUCUCUCUCGUGAAACGAUCCGAGUGGCCUGACAAUCCCUUCUUUAAUAUCUACCCAGACAAUCUCAACGAGUAUAAGAUCGCCUACCUGGCCACCGGCAACGCGGCCAGUCUGGAGGUCAUGCAGUUCAUCGAUCCAGCGCCCAUUCCUCCGCCCGAGUUCUUUCAGUACAACCGACAAGGCUUUUUCCAUAUUUGCGUCACAGAUCCCGAUCCAGGAAGCCUGGCAAAUACGGCAGCUGAGGCUGGAGGACGCAUUAUUGGGGAGGUGAUCGAGAUUGCAGGGAGCGACUGUGCCUAUGUUGCCGACCCCUGGGGGAAUAUCGUCGAGAUUCUAAGUAUGAGCUUCGAGCGACUUGUUACUAGCGUUUCUACCUGA